GAAGAAGAAGGGAGAAAGAAAAAGAGAGAGAGAUGGAGAGUAGAGAGGAAACAAGUGUGUGAGAGAUGGAUAGAAAGUGUUAUUGAACAAGCGAGAGAAGUCCUAGCGUGUUUAAAAUCAAGCAUUAGACCAUACAGUUGUGUGUCAUCAACAGGUCAGUGGACGUACCGAGGGGAUUAUGUCCAAACCUUCGUCCAACGUUAAGGCCCUUCAGGCUAAUUUGAACAUCCCGAUGGGAGCUCUGCGUCCAGGGGCGGGACAUCCUGUCAAGAGGAGAGAGGAGACAGUAGACACAGAAGAGGCUCAUUCACCAGACCAGCCCAGCGCUGCUGCCCAGACGCCAGAGGAGAAGAAGGCGUUGCCGGGCGCGGUGAAACUGCCCGGUCCUGCCGUUAACCUAUCAGAGCUGCAGAACGUCAAGAGUGAACUACGAUGGGUCACCAAGGAUUAACAUGAUCCCCAGCCAGGCGGAGAGGAAGGCGAAUAAUCUUCAUAGACACAGACUUGUCCACUGCCACCGAAGACUAAGCAAACCACAAACUAAUCCUAACGUGUUUGGAAACAAUAACAGCUUUCUGUGAAGCCAACGUCUGCAGAAAAUAUUCAGCACUUAACCAAAACCACCAAGAAGCAGGCAUCCAUAAACUCUCUCU